GCCCCGCAGGCGCCAUCAUCAGAUUGCCCAGCCAGGCCCCAGCCUAGUCUUCGUCUGCCCGGAUCUUGGCCUUGGCCCCAAGCACGCCCGCCUCCUCUCGAUCCUCUUGUUGUCUUAAAUUCAGGGUCUCCCACCUCAUAUCUUUGCUCAGUCUACGGUCACCAUUGAAUACCUAUUUACGUGUUUGAUUUCUUCGUGCUAUUACCCUCUUCCAACGCCCAAAAGAGUCGAUCCCAACGUGCUAGCCGCCGCCUCAGCUGAGCCUGCCUACCAAAUCAAGUAACGAAUCUCGCGCAUCACGCAGCGUUCCCAGACCACCACAACCAACCCUACCACCUCUCCCUCCAGUCCCGGACACAGACAAUCGCCCGUCAUGGCCAUCCGUGAUCGAGUCCGCCGUGCCCUGCACAAGUCCAGCACAUCAGAAACAGAGGCUAUUCAGAUCCGGCCCGUCGCCAACGCAAACACCUUUAACUCGAGCUACUCCGGCUCGGGCUCGACCACACCUUCCUCCCUCCAUCGGGAGAACACAAACCUCACAAACCUCACCGCUGGUUCGACAUCGCCAAGAGCUCUCUGGUCCUGGACAUCGCGGACCGACCAGGAGAAGGAGAAGCGCAGGAAGCAGAAGGAUGAAGAGAAGGAAAAGGCCCGGCAGGCCAAGGCCAAUGCCGCGAGCAAGCCCAAGAGUAAGGGCAGGCCGGUGCAUCCCCGCGACAAGCCAUUGACGGCCCAGAACCUUAAGCACCAGGAGAUGCUCAGCGGCUUCACCUUUGAGUUCGGCUCCAGCCCAGACCGCAUGAGCCAAGUCUGCGCCGACUACGAAUGGAGCCCCUGCUGCACCCGCGCAGCGAGCAUCGAUGGCGAUCACACGGACGGCAGCUACACAACUUCGGGCGCGUCCACCACCCUGGACUUGACACGAGCUUGAAUGAAUCCGCGAA